AUGGCACGUAUAUUGAUUGUCCUCUGUUUGGCUGCGUCAUUUUACCUUGUACAUCCUGCCUCACUUACUACUCUCCGAAGUCGACAACAAUCCGCGCAAACUAGAGGUGGUUCGAAACCCAUUACUAGAUUGGAAGGUGUUAAACAUCUGUCACGCAGCCGUGAAGCAAGUACAAACCAACAGUCUCCAGUUCUUCAAACUGAAACCAAACGAACAUCUCAGAUAAGUGAUAGAAAUAGAAGAGUCCUGGGAGCUCAAUCACCUAAUACAAACCAUCAGAAACGCCAAGUAAUGAUGGUUGGUACAGACAUUGUACAGUGUUGGGACGGCACUUCGAUUCCACUACAAUACAAAUGUGAUGGCAUAGUAGAUUGCCCAUAUGGCGAAGAUGAGUUACUCUGUCAGCAAGGAGCUCGAGGUUUUCCAACUGUUCAAUGUACCUGUGACGAGAUCCAGUGUGGUGAUGGUUCAUGUAUUCCCAAGUAUUGGCAGUGUGAUGGCUAUAACGAUUGCUGUGACGGUAGUGAUGAAGUCUCUUGCCCCAAUGUAUGUGGUUAUACUGACUUCCAAUGUCUUGAUGGCAGUUGCAUUCCGCUUAUCUUCGUUUGUGACGGUUUACUUGAUUGUUUAAUGGGCGAUGAUGAAGUAAGCUGUCAGGUGUCUUGUUCUGCUAACGAAUAUGCUUGUCUGAGUGACAACAAUUGCAUUUCCAACAGCUGGGUAUGUGAUGGCUACAAUGACUGCUUAGAUGGUGAAGACGAGAUUGGAUGUGAACCUGAAGCUUGUGAUCACAAUCAAUUUAUGUGUGAACCUGAUGUAUGCAUACCCUCUGACUAUGUAUGUGAUGGUAGCUGGGACUGCUUCUGGGGAGAAGAUGAAAUUGAUUGUUCCUGUGGUGAAUGGCAGUUUACUUGUUCCGAUGGUGCGUGCAUCUCAGAUUCAUUAGUGUGCAAUUCGAAUAAUGACUGUGCUGAUGGGGAAGAUGAAUUCGAUUGUGAAGAACAAACAUGUGAUGAUGACGAAUUCACCUGUAAUAAUGGCAAAUGUAUAAUCUCAUCUUGGGUUUGUGAUGACUAUUCUGACUGUGAUGAUGGAGAAGACGAAGUUGGAUGUGAAGAACAAACAUGUGAUGAUGACGAAUUCACCUGUAAUAAUGGCAAAUGUAUAAUCUCAUCUUGGAUUUGUGAUGACUAUUCUGACUGUGAUGAUGGAGAAGACGAAGUUGGAUGUGAAGAACAUACAUGUGAUGAUGACGAAUUCACCUGUAAUAAUGGCAAAUGUAUAAUCUCAUCUUGGAUUUGUGAUGACUAUUCUGACUGUGAUGAUGGAGAAGACGAAGUUGGAUGUGAAGAACAUACAUGUGAUGAUGACGAAUUCACCUGUAAUAAUGGCGAAUGUAUAAUCUUAUCUUGGAUUUGUGAUGACUAUUCUGACUGUGAUGAUGGAGAGGACGAAGUUGGAUGUGAAGAACAUACAUGUGAUGAUGACGAAUUCACCUGUAAUAAUGGCAAAUGUAUAAUCUCAUCUUGGAUUUGUGAUGAAUUUGCUGACUGUGAUGAUGGAGAAGACGAAUUUGGCUGUGAGGAAAAAACAUGUGGAAACGAUGAGUUCACUUGUAUUAAUGGACAAUGCAUUCCAAUACAGUGGGUUUGUGAUAGCGAGUCUGAUUGUACAGAUGGUGAAGAUGAAGAUGGUUGCCCGGUUACAACAUGUGACACAAAUGAAUUCACGUGUAUGGAUCGUUCAUGUAUUGCUAUGUCUUGGGUAUGUGAUGCAUAUAAUGACUGCGAUAAUGGUGAAGAUGAGUACGACUGUGAUGAGAACAGUUGUAAUGAUUAUCAGUAUAAGUGUAAUGGCGGGGAUUGUAUACCAGGUACGUGGGUAUGUGAUAAUAUGAGUGAUUGCGUCGCUGGUGAUGAUGAGGCCGACUGCGUGGAAACCUCUUGCACUGGGAGCCAAUUCAGCUGUAAUAAUGGUGAAUGCAUUCCCCAGCACUGGGUGUGCGAUGAAUGGUUCGAUUGUGAUGACGGGGAGGAUGAAAACGACUGUAGUAACAGACAAUGCAAUGAUUAUCAAUAUAAUUGUGGUAACGGACAAUGCGUCCCUGCAAACCGGGUCUGCGAUGGAUGGCUCGAUUGCAUCACUGGUACUGAUGAAUUCGGGUGUUCUGAGUGUGAUGCAAAUGAAUACACGUGCUCAGAUGGAUCCUGUAUUCCCGUAGAAUGGAAAUGCGAUGCCAUGCGAGACUGUCAGAUGAAUGAUGAUGAAGAAAACUGCGACAGUAACGACUGUGCUUCAUAUGAAUACCGUUGCCACAAUGGCAAAUGUAUACCGACUGAAUUUGUUUGUGACAGUAUGGAUGACUGUGAUCAUGGCGCGGAUGAGAUUGGGUGUGGGCAUGAGUACUGUUCUGAGGAAGAAUUCUCAUGUGGUGAUGACAGAUGUGUGCCAAGUGAGUGGCACUGUGAUGGCAUGAAUGAUUGUGGUAAUGGAGCAGAUGAGAUAGAUUGUGUUUGUAGUGAUAUACAAUACACAUGUGAUGAUGGCACCUGUAUUCCUGAUUUUUGGGUGUGUGAUGGUGAAAAGGACUGUCCUACCGGAGAUGACGAGAUUGACUGUGAAGGAUCACAAGGAAGCAGUGAAUGUUAUGGGUUUGUUUGCAAUGAUGGGGAAUGCCUAGCUCCAGCAUGGGAAUGUGACUCAGUGUACGAUUGUGAUGGUGGCGAAGACGAAAUCCACUGUAGCUAUGACAUGUUCCCAUGCAGUGGAGGUGGUUGCAUUCCUUAUUUUUGGCUCUGUGACAGUGCACAAGAUUGUCCAGAUGGCGAUGAUGAAAACAAUGCAGUGUGUGGUUGUGGUGAAUCACAGGCACCCUGCGGUGACCAAUUAACUUGCAUUGAAUCUGAUGCAAUCUGCAAUGGACAAAUCGAUUGUCCGGGCGGUGAAGACGAAUUUGAGUGUUGUAGCACAGAUGAGUUUCAAUGUGUAGAUGGUAGUUGUAUUAUCAGCAAGUUGCAAUGCAAUGGCUUUCCUGACUGUACAUCCGGUGAAGAUGAGUAUCCUGGCGAUUGCAUGACCGUUCCAACAGGUAAUAAAGUGGAUGGCGACUGGAUUAAUUUUGGUACACCAAGUGGUAGUGCAGCUAUGGAUGUUAGGAAAAAUAAAUUGAGAAGGAAAAUGCUCAAUUCAGCAGCCAGUAAGCAUCAGUGUCUUGAAGGGACGAGCUGCCGACAGCCGAAAAACAAAGUCUUGCCAUCACGAAAGAUCUUGAAAAACAAUAAAGAAGAAAAUGCAGAGAUGCAAUCUAAAAAAGAAAAGGAAUACCGAGCAAAGUAUUUGAUUAAAAUGUCAAAGGUUACACAAAAUAACUUGAAGAGAAAUAAAAUAUUUUCGACAUUAGGUGAAAAAUCAGUUAGGAGUGCAAACUACCAAAUCAGUCGGCUACAUGGUAGUAACAAAGUAGAUAUAGGGUUCGGAAUUAAUUUGAAUAAUAAAUACAUGAAAAGCUUCGGUAAUGGUGGGAUAAUGACGAAGAUUGAUAAAAAACGUAUUCAAGAGAAAAUUGGAAAGACAACCGCAAUUUCUAAGAAAAGUGUUGACGAGAGGAAAGUUACUUUGCCAGGAAACCUUAAUAAUAAAAAUAUUGAUGGAGACAAAUCAAUGAAAUUAGCCGUACGUGAGUCUAAAACCAAACAACUCACAGAUAAACAGUAUACAAGAACCCGCGAAACUGACAGACAAGGUGAAGGAACCAAGCCAGAUAUCCACGUUAAGAAAUCCAAGCAUCAGAUGAAGGAAUUAAAAACAGCUGGAAAUAAAAAGAAAGAGGCCAUGGUAAAUGGAAACGCCAAGCAAACUAAAGAACACGGAGGAUAUGGUAAAAAGACUGGAGAAGGUCGUCAACAAUCACCAAACGUGAAGAAAAUUCAUGGUUCGGCAAAUAUAGAGCGGGAAAAUCGGGUCUAA